ACAUGGAAUAUACUUUGACUUAAGUAAUGAAGCUGUGUACUUUGUCCAUCACUGGUCAUAACUAUUCAUUUUAAGAAAACGGUGGCAUGCUGUUUAUUAACACUCCACAAUGAAAAGUCUUUGGGAUUGAAAACUCGUUAAUUCACGCCAAUAAGUGACGAGCGAGUCAGGGCGGACAGAGUUUGUGUGAAUUGGUGGAGUGCAGUGGGUCCGCGGGUCCGCAGGUCCGCACCGAGAGAGGGAGAUCAGCUGUUGGUGGGUUGUAUGCAGAAGGAAGUGAUGCAGGAAAAUGCCCACUAUGUAGCUACUCUCAAUGACUAAAAGGGGGAAGCACAAAGAAAUUGGCUGCUUAAGCUCGAGAUGGCCCUUUAACUCACUCCAUAGACCCAACAUAGUUUAGAACGAUCUGGAUAACACGUCCUGGUGGUGAUAAUUACAUCUUUAUUUUUAUAGAAGUGAAUAAUAAUAAUCGACAUUGAUGUGGAAGUUUUUGUGAGCUGCCUGCUAACUAGUUAGCUAGCAAUCUGAGUUAACGCGACGAGUUUGCCUCAGUUCGUUUCUUGUCGUAUACGCUGCAUUGGCCAACUUAAUAACUACUUAAUUUUUGGACUGGUACAUCUGAAGUGAUGUACGCCCAAGUAAACUCAAAGGAAUUCUCCCUAAAGCACUGCAGAUGUGAAGGUCACAAAGAUGGAGCUGAAUAGAAAGACACUCUGAUCCGUGGCCAAUGCCAUCCGAGGGACUCUGUGUAAGUAAUAUCCUGGCCAGCUACUUCUUCAGUUCUCAGUUCAUCAACCUUCACCUGUAAAGAUAUGUAGAGAUAAAACAACAACAUGUACAUUAGUUUCAUUAAUUGUAUUGCUUUGAUACGUAUAUAAAAGCCUGUUCUAGGUAAAUUGGGCAAGAAGAAGAUGGAUAACGCGUGUGUAUAUAUGUUGUGAUAGUUUGAUGACCUGAAACAUUUGUUGAUAUGCAGUUUGGUCAGUUGUCAUUUUUUUUAGUCCCUCAUUUAAAAUCUUUAUGUAUGUGACUUUUGAGAGUUCAGUUCUUUAAUAAUCCACUUUAUAAUAAGAAAUCCCUCAGUAAACCAUUAUUUUUGAAGAUAUUAAGGUAACAAGUUUAAUCAGGGGCACGGCUGACUUGAUUGACAGGCAGGCAUACUGUUGCAGUUAAUAAUAAUAAUAGUUAUAACUGGUAUUUAUAUAGCGCCUUUCAAGAAACCCAAGGUCGCUUCACAGGGUCAGGUAGGAGGUCUGGGGGGUAGGUGGGGAUAACACUAUCUAACGGGGAAAGGCCUUGAGGAAAAGGUGUGUUUUGACUGCUUUCUUAGAAGUGUCCUGGGUAGGGACGCUAUGGAUGUCGGGAGGGAGAGAGUUCCACAAAGUAGGGUCUGCCACACUGAAUGCUCUGUUAGCUUGGAUGCUGACAGCCUGCCUCAACUCUACCUCUUUGCCUCAUGUUAGGCUGACCGAAAGUUAGCUUGAGUAAGCAUUACCGAUAACUAAAGUAAAUAAAACUCUUUAAAACUCUGCAUCAGAAACCAAUGGGUGAUGUCACAGAGACAACAUCAAAUUUUAUACAAUGUAUGUUCAGAAUAUGCCUGAGCUGCAGUAUCAAGUAUAAGAGUGUAGUUAAUUCACAGGAAGAUGCAGUAAUGUAAUCCCUCAAAUGUUGACUGAUUGACAGAUGUUGCUUUUUUCCCUCCUUGAAAAUACUCUUUAGGAACUGAAUAGGACUGAAGAAGUUUUCAUGUGAUGAUAGCAAAACAAGUCAGUGUACAGCUGAUCAAGAUGUACAUUUUCCAAAGCUGCCAACAUGUCAGCCAUCAGUGUUUUCCUGUCCCCUCUUCAGGGGCUUAGAAUAUUGAAUUUGAGAUGAUAAUACAGAUUCAUCGUUAAGUGAUGGAGCUUCACAUGAAGGAAUCAUUUCAGGAGGGGCUUCUAGCUCAUUUCUUGUUAGGAUGCCUUCAGUGUAAUCAGUCUUGCCACACAACAAUAACAGCAAUCUGAUCAAAAUCACAAAUAUUGGAUAUUAUUAUUUAAUUUAAUAUUUUAUGCCAAAGUUGCACACUGCUCAAGUCUAAGAGUCUAACUUAAUAAAAGGUGUAAACAAUGAAAGAAAAGGAAAAGUUAAGGCACAACCCAUUUUUGAAUAUUUGCCUCCCUUCAAGUCCAUGCAUACAUUAAUCCUUACAAUUUUAUUUAAUAGGUGUUGCAGUUUUCGUUUACACUGAUAGUAACUAUGUAACUUUACAACCCAUACUCACUAACGGUGUAAUUUAGUUUGCUGACCUUACUACUUGGAUGCGGCUUGUUGCUAGUGUAGAACAAGUUACAUUUCUCUGCUGAAUAAGGAUUGUGUUGUCCUAUAUUAUCACUUCAGCAAAGUAGUAAGAUAUUUAGCCGUGUAAAACACCAAUGUUUGUGUACUUUGCACAGGAAAUGGAACAUUUAAAGCUUACAGGUCUAUUAUCAGAUACUGAACUUUUAUACAAAUUGAGUCACAUUUGAAUAGCUUAUUAGGAAACCUAAAAAGAGCUGAUUCAAAUUGUAUAGUGGCUCUGUAAGUAUUUCUAUUUUUUUGGUUUCUGUGGUUACCAUUGAUGUUUUUCCUCUAAUUUAGUGUGCAGUGGUUUCUGUGGUAGCUGUGAAUUUUUGAGUGAGUUUAAAUUGUUGUUUUCUUUUUUUCUGUCUUAAAAGACGAAAGUCUGGCUGCAUAAGACCGGAAUUGUGGCCGAUUUGGCACAGGUAGUGUAAAUUCAUGACCCUCAAUAUUUAAAUAAAACCAAUGUUGUUUUUCGACUAACAGAAAUGUGCGUCUGGGUUUUUUCAGUGUGAGUUAGACAGCCCUGGUUUAUAACUAUUCUGUGACAGUAAACAUUUUCACAUUGUUUUCCCCUCAGGCCUGAGGGUAUGUUGAGACGUCCUGCAAGACCAGAGCAGAGGCGUCCAGGUGGUUCCGACGGGGACUGAAGGUGAGGAGGAAAGACAGACGAGGGACCAGGGAGGAAGACAUGGGCCAGUGUGUCACCAAGUGUAAGAACCCGACCUCCUCGCUCGGCAGUAAGAGUGGAGACAAGGAGAGCGGCUCCAAGUCCCACCACAAGAAAGGAGGCGGCGCUGGUGGUGGGGGCCACAAAGAGGAGCCCAGCGCCCCAUGUAGCAAAGCCAUCAGCGAGCUGUCGAAUGGCACCAAGGCUUUGGAGGUCACGGUGGAGACGCCCGUCAUCCCUGCAUUGAUGGGGGAACCACGCAAGGACGAGACUCUGGAUGGAGAUGGGCUGUCACUGAUGCGCAUUGAAGAGCUUUUCUGUUGCUACAAGGAUGAAAAGGAGGAUGCCAUCUUGGAGGAAGGCAUGGAGAGCUUCUGUAACGACCUGUGUGUGGACCCGGCUGAAUUUCGUGUGCUUGUUCUUGCCUGGAAGUUUCAAGCAGCUACCAUGUGCAAGUUUACAAGGAAGGAAUUCGUUGAUGGCUGUAAGGCCAUUCAGGCUGACAGCCUCGAGGGCAUCUGUGCACGUUUCCCCUUCAUGCUAUUAGACGCCCAAGGCGAGGAAAACUUUAAGGACCUGUACCGCUUCACCUUCCAGUUUGGCCUGGACGCUGACGAGGGACAACGCUCACUACAGCGUGAAAUCGCCAUAGCGCUGUGGCGCCUUGUUUUCACCCAGGACAUGCCCGAGAUCCUGGAGCGCUGGCUGGACUUCCUGUCGGAGAACCCUUCAAGCAUUCGGGGCAUCUCAAGGGACACAUGGAACAUGUUCCUGAACUUCACUCAGGCCAUUGGGCCUGACCUGAGUAACUACAGCGAGGACGAGGCCUGGCCCAGCCUCUUUGAUAGCUUUGUAGAGUGGGAGCUGGAGCGCAGGAAAAAGGAGGAGGAACUGGCACUGAAGGCGAAGGAGGAAGAGGGGAUGUGUACUGAGACAGAGUGUUCUCCCACCACAGACAGACGUGACACAGAGGGAAGCCGCGGCUCACAGACGUGGGGGGGUCACUGACCAGGAAACAUGAAAUAUUUGUAAAGGAGGGAAGGAUGUGACACACGUGAACUGUGCAUCUGUGAAUCCUUGGAUGAAUAUUAGUAUUACAAUGACAGCUGUUCAUUUCGCUCUCCUCUUCUGUCAGGUGGGAUUCAUGCUUUGCAACCUUGUUUUUGGUUUUUGAAAGGGCUCUAAGAACUGUUGUGUUUUAAGCACUUCUAUUUAAGUUAUUGUUUUACUUUUUUCUCCUCCCAUGAGUGUUUUUAGUAAUUGGACAUGUGGUCCAUUUUAACAUAUACCUACCUACCAUAACCCAGCAGAGUUAGCUCAAUAAAGGCUUGGUUUUAAAAACAGUCGUCAGAAAGCCAUAAUCUUUCCCCACAUUACUCAUAUAGACAGUUGAUUUUGAACAGGUAACACUGCUGAUAUGUUUUGUGCAAGGGUUAGUAAAUAAUAAAUAAGAAGGGAAAUUUUGUCAACCUGUGGACAAAAAGUCGUUCAUCACCGAAAAAUGAGAUUUACAAGCAUCAGGGCCAUUGAACUCCUCUUGACUGAACUUAUCCAGAUGGAUUGUAUGUUUUUAUCUUGCAGUGCUGUGAGGAUCAAUCGAUUACACAUACUUUGCCUUCACAACUGUUGGCCUGUAAUAUCAAGGCAAACAAUGAUGGAUCACAGCUCUAUCGUAAGGGCAUUCAACUUUUAAAUGACUAAAAAGUUACAUUCGUGGUAACAGACCCAUCCUCUCUUCUGCGUUGAGUGUUUUGAGUGCUUCUAGUGCAGUUAGCGGCUUAGCUUGUUUAAGCAGCUUGCUGUGCCCCUUUUUACCUUUAGCAUGAACCAUUUUGAUGUCCACCUCCUUUCAAGAAAGCGGUUAAGUGUAAACCACACAAUGAUGCUGGCUUUUAUCUGAGAUUCCUCACUGAUCUCGUUUGAAGAGGUCUGGAAUUAAAAAAAAUGGCUUAAGCAAGGUCUUGGUGCAUUAACACUGGGCAACACGCAAAGAAAUAUAUUGAUUACCUUCAGGAAUUAUGAUUUUUCACAUCUUAAAACUACUCUAUUUAAAAAGUCUGCAUACUCCACAAAUAUUGUUGACUGCUGCUGGUGAUGGUUGUAGUGGAUUGCACAAAAACCAAUGGCAUGCUUAGUGGAUAAACUUGCAGUGCUUUGAAAAGAGAUUGAUGUCAACCACAUGAUUUCCAUUGCAAACUUUUUCCAAACUAUAGGUGGCUCUUCAGUAUAGCUUUGAGUGUUUUGAGAUGAGCGAAUGAGUAUUAACUAGACAUGUGGGCUAAUCAAGACGAGUCUGCAAUAUGGGUCCAAUGUGGUAAGAAGUUGGCCAUAACCUGAUCUGUUUGGUUUACAUCCAAAAUGGUUUUAUUUCAGACCCUUUUGUCCUUUUUAUAUAAAAUGUAUUGAUUUAUAAUAAAUAAAAACAGUGUUGAACUUUU